UUCAUUGUCAGAAGAGGUGCACAGCGAACGGAGCACAGGGAGAGAAGGCAGAGGCAGGUACACCAACAGUUGCAGCGCCCUGGCCAGUACAGCGUCAAAGCAUCACACACUCUGCUACACUGAGCUGGAAGCGGAUGGAGACAGACACGAGUUUCACACCAGCGAGGAGUUCUCCUCUCAGCCAUGAGUUAAAGCCUUCACCUCAGCACGGCCUUUACCUGAAUCCAUCUCCACUCUAUCAUAAGCCCUCAAAACUCUCCCCUCCCGGAUACCUGACGUUAUCACCCUCCAGAGAACGCUACAGUGCCUUCAGGCCUGCUGUACUCUUCCCCGCAUGUGGCCCCAAUGGCGAGCGUUACACCCCAAGGGAAGGAUCCCAAAAACGCAAAAGAACUCCAAUCAAAAUGGAUGCCGAAGGAAAUGAAUCUCCUGACAGGGGAGCGGAAGAGGUGGAGGAUGGCAGCAGUCAACGGACGGUGGAACUCUCCCAUCUUCCCUUCUCUGCCCAUCUUCGCUCCGUUCCCUCCCCAUCCCUGAAGCCCGUACCCGGUAUGAUAGAGCUCAACCGGCUGCGGCUGCAUCACAGAGCCUUGUCCAGGCAUGACCCUCCAGGUAUGAACCUGCCAGUGCAGGUGAAACAGGAGCCUCUCAGUCCUUCAAAUUUAUGGCCCCCAUCCCCUCUCCUCCUCCACCCUCCACACCCAUACUUUCCCCCCAUUCACCCCGGCCUGCUACCGUACCCCUUUUUCAUGCCCGGGCCUGUCAUGCACCUGCCUCCUAGAGCUUUCUAUCCCAGGCAAGCCCUCCAACCCGGCCGUCGCGGACCUGAAGGGGUACCCCGAGGUGGGGUGUCCAGCGCUGAGAAGCUGGGCGUCAGCGUCCACGUAGAUGACAGCUACUAUGUCGAUGUUGGGGGCGACCAGAAGCGGUGGAAGUGCCGCAUGUGUGAGAAGUCCUACACCUCCAAGUACAACCUGGUUACACACAUCCUGGGCCACAGUGGCAUCAAGCCGCAUGGAUGCCACCUGUGUGGGAAGUUGUUCAAGCAGCUGAGCCACCUGCACACACACCUGCUCACCCACCAGGGCAUGCGCCCCCACAAGUGCCAGGUGUGCCACAAAGCUUUCACCCAGACCAGCCACCUGAAGAGACAUAUGAUGCAGCAUAGUGACGUGAAGCCGUACAGCUGUAGUGUGUGUGGACGGGGCUUUGCUUACCCCAGUGAGCUCCGCGCCCAUGAACUGAAGCACGAGAAAGGCCAGGAGAACGUGUGCGUGGAGUGUGGCCUUGAUUUCCCAACCCUGGCUCAGCUGAAGAGACACCUGACCACCCAUCGAGGUCCCACCCUGUACAGGUGCGGGGAAUGCCAGAAAACCUUCCAGUACCCUAGUCAGCUGCAGAACCACAUGAUGAAACAUAAAGACAUCCGACCAUACAUCUGCAGUGAGUGUGGGAUGGAGUUCAUCCAGUCACACCAUCUGAAACAGCACACACUCACCCAUAAGGGGGUGAAGGAGCAUAAGUGUCGAAUCUGCGGUCGUGAGUUCACGCUGCUGGCUAACAUGAAGCGCCAUGUGCUGAUCCACACCAACAUCAGAGCCUACCAGUGCCACAUGUGCUUCAAAAGCUUCGUCCAAAAACAGACUCUCAAAGCCCACAUGAUAGUCCACUCCGACAUCAAACCCUAUAAAUGCAAGCUUUGCGGGAAGGAGUUCAACAGGAUGCACAACCUCAUGGGCCACAUGCAUCUCCAUUCGGACAGCAAACCCUUCAAAUGCCUCUACUGCCCCAGCAAGUUCACCCUGAAGGGCAACCUCACCAGACACAUGAAAGUCAAACAUGGCGUCAUGGACAGAGGGCUGGAUGAGAGAUUGUUUCGGAGAAGGGGCCGCCUUUGUCUGUCCACCCCUUUGGGUCUCCUGACCCACUUAAGCCAAGAGGAGCCCUUUGACCUUUCCCAGAAGGCGCAGGGUCUGCCCAGCCUCCGUCUCUCGCAGUCAGACGGCGAGAGCGUCCCAGGGAGCUCAUGUCAGGAGGAGGAUGAGGAGAGUCUCUACAGGAGGAGCCCGUACAGCCCGGAGGUGUACCAGAAUGAACCGGCAGGUGAGCAGCGGUUCAUUCCAGAAACGGAGGAAGAGAAGCAUAGAGAGGAAGAGAUGCAGAAACAGGCGUACCAGCAUGAGAUGAGCGAACACACACACCAACCAGACGACCAGGUGUAUGAGUCUGAAUGUGGACCGAGUGGACGUUACACAGAUUCCACCUCCAACCGGGUGUGUCUCUCGGAGCUGGGGAAUGAACCGGAGCAGGUCUAUGAGUCUGAUUCAGAGACAGGUGACCAGAUGCACCACCGAGAGGAAGAUGAGAGAUGGUUAUACACAAAUGACUCUGACUCUAACUCAGAACCUGAAGACCAGAUUUAUCUCAGAGGACAGGACGAAGCGGUGCAAAGCGGACCAGAGAGAGAGGGGAAACCUUAUUCAGCAAUGAAUACAAAUCAAAGACAAACAGAAGGGGGAGCGAGCGAGUCAGAGGCAGGUGAGAGGGUGUGCCACAUACUCCCAGGUGAAGUCAUGGAAGCUACAAAAACCGAGGAUGGAGAAGAAAGUGAAGAAGAAUGAAGAGACGAAAAAGAAUAUGCAGGGAAUGGGGACAGCUAAAAAAAAAAAGGUAAAAAGGGGGGAGGAAUUUAAGAGGACACUCCCGUGAUGAGGGAUGAAAGUGUUGUGUUUUUUGUUGUUUUUUCCCAUAAGGAAAAUAUUUCUGGUGGAUGAGAUGUUUGAAGAGAACAAAGGUGAGACGUGUGCAGCCCAUAAUGGAGGAGAGAAACAGUGAAGUGAUUCAAAGAACAAGCUGUGAAGCUCAUUGUAGAUAUCAGGCAUUGAUAGGCCACCGGUGACUGAAAAGUGUAUGUAAGUUUGGUUUUAGGAGGGAAAAUGUGUUAUUCAGGUAACAAUAAUAUAGCAUGAAAGCGUUCUUCGUGAUUUUUUUGGACAAUAUUCUCCGAUCUGAUUAUUGUUGUUUGUUUAAAAUGUUUAUUUUCAUGCCUAAUUUGGCGUUUUUUCCUCUCUUUUGGAUUAAAUCAAUUGUAUGACAUCAACUUUAAAGCCAUUUGCUAUUGCUGAUUUCUUAAUGCUAAUAAUAUGUACAUUGUCAUGGUUUUGAUUUGAGGGAGUUUUUAAUAACAUAAAAUAUUUCGUUUUUGGGAGUAAUACCUUUGGUUAGACUUGUAAAACGUUGAACUACUGACUUCUAGGGAUUAAUCUUAAU